AUGCCAGGUUAUGCGAAAUUCAUGAAGGAGCUAGUCACCAAGAAGAGAAGCAUGGACUUUGAGACAAUCAAAGUUUCUCAUAAUUGUAGUGCCAUUAUGACUAGCGAGAUGAUUAUAAAUAUAGAAGAUCCGGGGGCAUUCACCAUCCCAUGCACUAUCAGUAUGCUCCAAUUUGCUAAAGCUCUAUGUGAUUUUUGGGCAAGUAUAAAUCUAAUGCCCUAUGUAAUCUAUAAACAGCUUGGGCUGGGCGAACCAAAAUACACAACAAUGCGGAUUCUUAUGAUGGAUCGGUCGAUCAAGCACCUCAUUGGAAUACUCUAUGAUAUAUUGGUGAGGGUUGAUCGAUUUAUCUUUCCGGCUGAUUUUGUUAUUCUUGAUUGUGAGAUUGAUGCUAAAAUUCCCAUUAUUUUGGGAAGACCAUUUUUAGCAACCGGGAGAACGCAAGUGGAUGUUGGAAGUGGGGAAUUGAAGUUUCGGGUAAAUGAAGAUGAGGUCACCUUUAAUGUGUGCAAAUCAAUAAAACACCCGAGUGAUAUUCAUGUGGUUUCGACGAUUGAUGUAUUUGAUGAAGCGGUGGCUAGUGUGAGCCAUUUGAUGUGUAUGAGUGAACCUCUUGAGGCUGUUCUUGCAAAUUAUGAUGAAACUAAAGUGCAAGGUUAUGAUGAAGUGGUAGUUACUCUUUCGAUAUUAGGUGAACACUAA